GCAAGUUGAAAACACAACAAACCUGUGUGGCAACUUUCGGAUUUAGAAAUGGAUUUAAUACUGCUCGUAGGAAUUGCUACCGCUCUGUUAGUCGUUCUUCUGACUCUACUAUUUUUAAACAAAAGCAAGGCAAAACCGAACGGAACUCAGGCCGGAGCGCAGCAAGAAGAAAAUGUUCCACGACGGGCGCAGGUGGUCAGAAACCAACGGAACCGCGCGAGAGUAGCGCAGGUAGCCGAACCAGUGAAUGCUUCCGACGAGGAGGAUACAAUUCCCGAGGCACAGCAUGACUAUGGUGGAGAAAAAAUCGGUGCUAAAAAGCGAGCCAAACUAGAGGCUAAGGCUGAAAAGAAAGCCCACCGCGAGCAGGAACUACGCCAUCGUGAGGAGCAAAAGAAGCAAGAUGCACUGUUGGAGGAAGAACGGCAAAAGCAGGCCUUGAAAGAGGAACAGGAAGAAAAGAAGCGCGAGGAAGCGGAGCGUCUUGCCCGCGAGGAAAAAGAGCGCAAGGAGCAUGAAGAAUACCUAAAAAUGAAGCAAGCAUUCAGUGUUGAAGAGGAGGGCUUCGAGGAAGAAAAUGUCGAUGAAAAGCAGAACAGUUUGCAGGAAUUUAUACAAUUUAUUCAGGAUAAUAAAAUCGUUGUACUGGAGGACUUGGCAGUACAUUUCAAACUGAAAGUGCAAGCGGUAAUUGAUCGAAUCGAAGAAUUGCAGAAGGAAGGUCGAAUUACCGGCGUUAUUGACGACAGAGGCAAAUUCAUCUACAUCUCAGAAGAGGAGCUGAAGUCUGUUGCUAAAUUCAUUCGACAGCGAGGACGUAUUUCUAUUACUGAACUGGCGGAAAAUAGCAACCAACUGAUUAAUUUGACUCCUGUCGCCGCUUCCGAGACUGCGUAAGGCAGGUGAAGGUGAUAUAGAAACAGCUUAUUUUAAUCACAAUCGUCGGCUUUGUAAGCAUUUGUGGUUUCGUGUUUAUUGUUUGAAGAAACUGAUUGAAAAUACAAUGCGAUACAA